AUGAACAAGGGCAAGGGCAAGCAGCGCGUCGCCCGGCCUCGUCCCAUCCCGAAGCCGCGCACCCUCGGCGCGCACAUACGCGCCUACCCGCACCUGUACAACGCGCACCUGGUGCGCGGCAUGCUCGUGUCGCUGCGCGAGCUCGUUGCCAUAGACCGCGCGCGCACGCCCCCUGCGCCGCUGCCUCCGCCCUCAGCGUCGCUCGCGCUCGAGAUUGCCGUCACGCGCGCCGUGCAUCUCGGGUAUCAGGCGUACCUCUCCUCCUCGGCGGCAGAGGCGCACGCCCCGCCGCCGAGCGCACGGCUCAGCGCGGCGGAGUUUGCCGAGGUGCUCGAGUUGACGGUGCGGCUGGCGUAUGAGCGGUUCGAGGAGGCCGCGCCGCCGGGGCGUGGGACGGGGGAAGGCGCCGUCGUAGAGCGUGUGGAGAAGACGAGGCCUGCACCCACGCAACCGCCGACACUCGACGUCGAGAUUCCGCAGGGUGCGGCGCUCCUCGACGACGAUGGCCGCGCGCUCCGCUACCUCGCUGACGGGAGCUGUGCGCCGACGACCUCGACGACGACGGUGUUGGCGGACAACGACGACACCGGUGCGCCCUUUUGUUCGUGUUUUCACGACCGGGGCUAG